UUUAGAUAGAUAGGUUAAAAAAAAUUUUAUAAAUUGAAUUUAUUAAUUUGUUUAUUAAUUAGUAAAAAUAUCUCAUAAAUAAAUAAGAAAUUAGCAUUAAGAAGGAUUUUAAUGAGUUUUAAUUUUGGUAAAAUUAAUUAUUUUGGCGGUUCUAAUAAGAACAAAAAUGGCAGCAACAACAACUCGUAGAAUGGUUAUCAAUCAAAUUCACCUCAAUAAAACUAAUAAUAGAACUAUUAGCAAUAACAGCCAGAGCAAAAUAUGUAAAAUUAAUUUUCACCAAAUAAUAAUCAUCAGUAGCCAAUUCAAAAACCAUAGCAAUAGGAGUAGGUAAACAAUACUUCUUAGCCAUAAAUACCUAUUCUAGCAUAAUAUUAAUAACAAAAUUUAGCACUUUAAUAAUAAUAACCAUAGACAAUAAAACAGUUUUAGAAUUUUAGUAUCAUAUUAUCGCGUUUGCUAGGUAAAGGUUAAUAUGGUGAAGUUUAUUUAUGUUUUGAUAAUAUUACCAAUCACCAAUUUGCUUGUAAAAUGAUAGCUAUAAAUAAUUAAGAAGAUGUUUUAAAAGAACUAUAAGUAGCUCAGGAAAUUAGAGGUGAGUUCAUCUGUGAACUAAAAUAUGCUGGAGCUUCAGCAAACUUCCUAUACCUAAUUUCUGAAUAUUGUCCAGAGGGUACACUAAAAGAUUAUUUUAAGAAAGAAAUUUCACCAUCUAUAAACGAUAUUAUGCGUAUAUUUUUACAGAUUGUGAAAGGUUAUAGAUAGUCUAUAUAUAGUAAAGGUUGUAUUCAUAGAGAUAUAAAGCUAGAUAAUAUUCUUAUGAAGGAUGGCAAGCCUAAGAUUUGUGAUUUUGGCUUUGGAAAAUUCUUAGACGAUGUCAAUGCUUAAAUAAAUCAGUCAUAUAAAUGUACACCUCUCUAUGGAUCUCCAUAGAUUACACACGUCUAGGGAGUAAUAAAAUACAGCUAUAAAGCUGACAUUUACAGCUUGGGAGUUUUGCUUUACUAAAUGACUAAUAAAUUGAAUAAUCCUAAUUUGAUGAAAAAUACUAAUGACUUGAAAAAAUUUCAUGAGUCAAACUAAAAACUUGGAAUCAGAAAUACCUUAUAAUUUUAUGAAUUUGUUGAUCCUAAUAUCAAAGAAAUUAUAUAUAAAAUGAUGGAAUAUACAGAAGAAGCGAGAAUUUCAAUUGAUGAUUUAGAAAAGAGAGUAGAAUAGAUUUGUAGAUAUUUAAGAAAUCCUACUCAAACCGAAUUUUAGGGUUUCAGUAAAUUUAAUAGUUAAUAGAAAAUAGAAUGUUUUUCUUAUACAAAGUCUUGA